AUGUCAAAAGACUUAUCGGCAGAAGUUGUUAGGUUUGAGGAUAAAGAAGUUCAGAGGGACAUGAAGCUUGUUCCUUACAAGAUAGUGAACAAGGAUGGAAAGCCAUACAUAGAAGAAGUGAAGGUUAAAGAUGGAGAGAAGGUGGUUUUCAGCCCUGAAGAGAUCAGCGCCAUGGUUCUCACCAGAAUGAAACAAACUGCGGAAGCCUACCUUGGUACCAAGAUCAAGGAUCCGUUGUCACUGUUCCUGGUUAUUUCGUACUUAAACGAUGCACAGAGGCAAGCCACAAAGGACGCGGGCGCCAUUGCAGGAUUGAAUGUGGUUCGAAUCAUCAACGAACCCACCGCAGCAGCGCUUGCAUAUGGGUUGGAUAAAGCCGGUCUCGAAAAGAACAUCUUGGUGUUUGACCUUGGUGGUGGCACCUUCGACGUCAGUAUCUUGACCAUCUCUGACGGCGUUUUCGAGGUCCUUUCCACCAAUGGAGAUACUCAUUUGGGAGUCCGGGUCGAGAUCGAGUCCCUAUUCGACGGUGUGGAUUUCUCCGAACCAUUAACGCGAGCUCGAUUCGAGGAGCUGAACAAUGAUCUGUUCAGGAAAACAAUGGGGCCCGUGAAGAAAGCAAUGGAGGAUGCUGGAUUGAAGAAGAGUGAGAUUGAUGAAAUUGUACUGGUUGGAGGAAGCACUAGAAUCCCAAAAGUUGUGGAGCUGUUGAAAGAUUACUUUGACGGGAAGGAGCCCAGUAAAGGCGUGAAUCCGGACGAAGCUGUUGCGUUUGGUGCUGCCGUACAAGGCGCCAUCUUGAGCGGCGCCGGUAGUGAACAAACCGACAAACUUCUGCUGGUGGACGUGGUUCCUCUUACGCUUGGAAUUGAGACGGUUGGAGGGGUGAUGACUAAGUUGAUCCCCAGGAAUCAUCAAAUCCCCGCCAAGAAAUCACAAGUAUUCACCACUUAUCAGGAUCACCAAACCACCGUCUCCAUUCAGGGAAAUUCGAUCCCCCCAACACCAAGGGGAACACCUCAAAUAGAGGUCACAUUUGAGGUGGACGCCAACAGUAUUCUUAGUGUCACCGCAGAAGACAAUGCGUCAAAGAAAUCCCAAAAGAUCACUAUCACUAACGAUAAAGGUCGUUUGAGCCAAGAAGAGAUUGAACAAAAAAUUCAGGAAGCCGAAGAGUACGCCGAGGAGGACAAGAGGGCCGAGAAGGUGGAUUUUGAGGAGAAGUUGAAGGAAGUUGAAGAUGUUUGUAAUCCGAUUGUCAAAGCUGUUUAUGAGAGGUCUGAAACUGGAGCUACAUCCCAAGGAAAUGAUGAUGAUGGUGAUUCCCACGAUGAUUUAUUAUUAUUGGAUUUAUGCUAG